UGCCAUCGUCUUUUUAAGUUGAAUCCUUCCAUUCCUUUUAUUUUGAAAGAGAAUAACUUGUGUUGAAUCCUUCAAUCAUUUGCAGCUAUAUUGAUGUCUUUACUGUUUUUGGUUAUUUGAAUCCUUGUUGUGUUAUUCUGUUAAGAGAAGCAAGGAGGGUGAGAGUCUUACGACCGCUUGCAUAAAUUUUGACAUGUUUACAGUUUCUGACUCAAUUUGAUUGCUGAAAGAGAAGCAAACUUUGGUGGUUAUUGCUUUGUUAUUCAAUGUUGUUUAAAUGGCUGAAAUAGAACCAAAUGUGACAAUCUUUCAGGCAUUUGCAGGCUAGUGCAAGUUUGGUGUUUACUGUUUUGUUAUUUGAUAUUGUUAAAUGAUUGGAAGAGAAGCAGGUGCCAUAAUCUUUCAAGUGUAUGUAGGCUGCAGCAAUUCUGGUGUUACUGUUUCGAUAUUAAUCAUUCAAGCAUUUGCAGCGAUUUUGGUGUUUACGAUCUCAUUAUUUAAUGUUUUUAGAGUGAAGACAUACGCUUCAGAUGUCACUCCCAGCCACACUAGCUCGGCAAAUUUCCCUCUUUUGCUCCCGAGUUCAUGAUCGAAGUUUUGAUGAUGUGACUGUUCGAAUUCUGGAAUCGAUUAUGGCAUCUAAUGAUGUGGAGUCAUUGCUUGGAGUUGGAUCUGCUCUGAAACAGUUUAUGAGAGAUGAAUCUAUUCUCAUUUUCAGAGAAAUUGCUGAAGAAUCUGUUGAGAUUAAGCUUUUGUUUACUGAUUUUCUGAUACGUGCUUUUGCAGUGAUUGGUGACGUUGAGAGUUGCUUGGCCUUGAGAUAUGAAGCACUUGUUAUGCGGGAGCAGAAGGCCAUUGAUGACCCUGGCCUUCAAGUAGCUUGUAAAGAAUGGCUAACCUUAAUUGAGCAUUUGCUUGAAAAUGGAUUUCAUUCGGUUGCACAUCAGGCAUGUGAAAGGGCUCUUACAUUCCCUAAGGUGAAUGUGGGUCAUCACCCCAAAAUAGAUGAUUUCUUCAACUACAUGGAAGCUGUCAAAAAGAUCAAGGCCUUAAAGGAUGCUACUCUCAGCACAAUUUCUUCACAAUCUGUCCAAGCACAAGCAGCGGCGUACUUGAAGCAAAAGGUGGCGCAGAAACCGAGCCAAACUAGCUCACAAAAUUCAGGAUGCAGUAUGUUUAGGGAUGGGAUAAAAAAGCAUAACUCCAGGAGAUUGCUGCAUUACUAUCAGUCUCCUCUACACAAAUAGUUUCUUCGGGUACUAAUUACUUCCCUUAUCCCACCUUGCUUUCUUUACCUUGCACUUUUAAUUCAAAUGUGGCUGUGAUUCUGGUGGAUACAUCAUCACUGGAUUUUUAAACUCAUUUUAAUUGUAAUCAAAUUAAUAAAUUUUUCAUGAAAAAGCAACAACACUGUUAUAGCUCAAAAACAUGUUUCUACUCUACU